CAGUGCCUUAAGGAAACCCGAGUGCACACCGACGCGGCCCAGCUCUUCAUUCGGAAAAGACUGGCAAGUGGAGCGGCAGCAAUGAAUGUGGAUCAUGAAGUUAACCUCUUAGUGGAGGAAAUUCAUCAUUUGGGCUCAAAAAAUGCUGAUGGACAGUUAAGUGUGAAAUUUGGAGUCCUCUUCAAUGAUGACAAAUGUGCCAUCCUCUUUGAAGCAUUGGUGGGAACUCUCAAAGCUGCAAAACGAAGGAAGAUUGUUACCUACCCAGGAGAGCUCCUUUUGCAAGGUGUUCAUGAUGAUGUCGACAUCAGUUGCUGCAAGGUUAAGGUGUUUCCAUAGCUUUGUGUAUUGCUGGGUUUUGUUUUCAUUUUUGUUUCUUGUAAACUGGAAUAAGUCAAAGGACCAGCCUGCGGUUACAUAAUGUAUUUUUAUAGAAUUUUGAAAACAAAAGGGGACUCAUUUUAGAAGUCUUUUUUUUAUAUCUUGAAAAGAGUGAUGUUUACCUAAUAUAAAAUAAACAAAUACUGUUAUUUUCCUCAGCAAAAGUUGACUGGAAGAUGUAGUCAUUGAAGCUGUUUUAUGUUUUUUUUGUUUGUUU